AUGUCAAAAACACGUCGUUUUCAGGUAAUAAAAGAAAAUCCUCAUCUUAAAUCUUUAUGUGAGCAAGAAUGUAUAUUGAUUGAUGGAAUAUUUGGAAUGUGUUUAUGUUUUUCAAGUGAAGGAAUUGAUAUUAUUUCAACAGAAAAAAGAAAAUUUGCUAAAUUAACAAAGAUAAUUGAUUCUCGAUUACAAUGCGUUGUUGAAAGAAUUAUUGAUUUAGCAGAAGAUUAUUCAAUUAUUAAUUCUUUUUUAAAAAGUAAACAUGAAGGAAUAACACAACAAGCAUUAUGUGAAGGAAUAGUUGAAUUUAGAGAAGAAUAUGUGAAUGAUAUUUGUUUUGUAGAAAAGCAAGCACGAAAAGAAAUGUGGACAAUUCAAGAAAUUUGUUGUGAAUUAAAUAAGAAAUUUGAUACUCUAAAACCUAUUAGAGAAAUAAUUGAAGUAGUUACAAAAGAAACUAAACCACAAAAAAUUAUUGAAGUUCUUUAUAGUCAAUUACGUCUUUUUGGAGGGAUUGGUACAAGUGUUAAAUUAUUAAAAAAGUUAAUAGAAAAAACUUGUGAACCAUUAAUGAAUUUUAUUUCAAAAUGGAUGAGUUGUGGAGAAUUAUUAUAUAAUGAAUUUUUUAUAAAAAAAGAAGGAGAAAAAUAUAUAUUCUUAUGA